UGGAGCCCGGGAGGGCGUGGCGACAGCGACGGCGUGGGUUCGCCUGUGUGACACAAUUACAACAACUUUAAUCUUCUGGCGAACACAACUUUGAGAUUGUUUGAAUACGUUCAGUGUUUUUAAGUGUGCACGCGCCGCACGUCACAUCAACACAGAGCCGCCGCGUCACAGUUUAUUCCUGCAAAACAAUGUGAGAGGACGCGGCGCUGGAGGGCCAGCUCACUUCUCACGGGGCUUUAGACGCUGAAGCGCGGUUUACUGGAGAAAAAGUUGGUGUUUAUUGUGGCUUUUGGACGCACGGAGCUCGCCUUCCCUCGAUUUCUCGGUGCGAUUCCAUGAAAUCGUGCCGAGAGUCGCUCUCCGUCGCCGCCGCUCGACGCCUCAGCGCUGCUGGUGAUGAGGAGGAGAAAAUGGCGGCGGGAAAAGCGAGCGGACCCGAGGAGGACGCGCCGAAGCUGAGCGCGCAGGAGAGCGACGCCCUGACACGCGUCGACAGCUCUCUGUUCGGAUAUCAGCGGCUUCGUGAAGAUGGCGCCAGCUCGAAGGCCCUGCUCGUGAAGGCCGUGCGCUGCUACGAGUCUCUCAUCCUGAAAGCAGAAGGAAAAGUGGAUCCCGAGUUCUUCUGUCAGCUGGGUCACUUCAAUCUCUUACUGGAGGAUUAUCCGAAAGCGUUAUCAGCGUACCAGCGCUACUACAGUUUACAAUCAGACUACUGGAAGAAUGCUAACUUCCUGUACGGCCUCGGGAUGGUGUACUUCCAUUACAAUGCGUUUCAGUGGGCGAUCAAGGCGUUUCAGGAAGUGCUGUACAUCGACCCCAGCUUCUCUCGCGCUAAAGAGAUCCAUCUGCGUCUCGGCCUGAUGUUCAAAGUCAACACGGACUACGAGUCCAGCCUAAAGCACUUUCAGCUGGCGCUCAUCGACUCCAAUCACUGCUCUUCAUCCAAAGCUGAGAUUCAGUUCCACAUCGCGCAUCUAUACGAGAUUCAGAAGAGAUACCGCGCAGCUAAAGAGGCGUACGAGAGUCUCCUGCAGACGGAGGACUUACCUGCGCAGGUGAAGGCGGUCACCCUACAGCAGCUGGGCUGGAUGCAUCAUACGGUCGAGCAGCUGGGAGAUAAAGCUAAUAAAGACAGCUACGCCAUCCAGUGUCUCCAGAAAUCCCUGGAAGCCGAUCCGAGCUCGGGUCAGUCCUGGUACUUCCUCGGCAGGUGCUACUCCAGUAUUGGGAAGGUCCAGGAUGCAUUCGUCUCAUACAGACAGUCCAUCGAUAAAUCAGAGGCCAGCGCAGACACGUGGUGCUCCAUCGGAGUGCUGUACCAGCAGCAGAACCAGCCCAUGGACGCUCUGCAGGCGUAUAUCUGUGCUGUGCAGCUGGAUCACAGUCACGCCGCCGCCUGGAUGGACCUGGGCACGCUCUACGAGUCCUGCAACCAGCCGCAGGACGCCAUCAAGUGCUACGUCAACGCCACGCGCAGCAGAACCUGCAGCAACACACCUGCGCUGGCGGCACGCAUCAAAUACCUGCAGGCUCAGUUCUGUAACCUCCAACACAAUAGUCUACAGAGUAAAAGUAAAAUGCUUCCUAGUAUUGAGGAAGCCUGGAGCCUCCCAAUCCCAGCAGAGCUAACGUCCAGACAGGGUGUCCAGAGCACAGGCCAGCAGGCGUGUAAAGCUCAGCCCGGGUCAUCAGGCUCCGGUCAGUCUCUGCCCCCCCACGUCAGUCCGCUGGAUCAGGCUGAUGGUCAGUCCAGUCCAGCCAAGAGGAAGAGGACCGCCAGCCCUGCCAAGAGUUCUGCAGAGUCUUGGACACACAGUUCAGCACAUCCUCCGACGCCGAGCUGUAUCCUGUCUCCUCAGAAGCUGCAGUUGCUGGAGCAGUUGCGAGCGAACCGGUCGAGUCUGAAUCCGCUUCAGCUGCAGGUGUUGGAGCAGACGGAGGCUCAGCUGUCCGCCGUGCACCAGAUGAGGCCAAACUCUUCUGGGCAAACACGACCCACGCUCCCCAACGGCCCUUCACUGCCUGCUCACGCUGUUCCUCGCGGCUCGGCUUGCAUCGCUCAGACGUUGUCCAACGGGCCGCUUCCUCCUGGUCCCCGCUCCGGCCCACAGCCCUCUUCAGUCGGCAAUAAUCACACGCCGGGAGCCAGAGCGAACGGAGACGUGCCUUACCUGCAUCCCAACACACUACCUCACAACUGCACAAGCCCAGGAGACACCAGGAAGAGCCAGCAUCUCAACUCCGCUCAGGGGCUUCAGAAAGGUCAGGGUUCACAUUGGGCAGGUCCUAAUGGAGACCGGACUCUCUCUUCCAGCGGUUCGGCCGACGGCGGCCCUCACAAUCAGGUCGGACAUUCAGCCACGACCCCAACGGAGCCCGCUGUCAAUCAUCUGUCCCCCCCUCCCCCCUCCUCUCAAUCUACCUCAGGUGCGCCCCACAGCACCGCCCCGACCAAAGACAGCGCCGCCCUGCAGGCCAACGGUUCCACUGCCGCCAACCACCACAGUCCUGACCGCACGCCCACUUCCACGUCCGGUUCUCCGGCAGCUCCUUCCACAGACAAUCCGCAGCUCUCCGCUGAUCAGGAGGUCAAGGAGAGUCCAGCUGUGAGCUCCAGGGUGAACCACGUCCACCCGGCUCCAGGCAGCUCCAGCGCCUCUUCUCCUGCCUCCGCCCUGUCCACCUCGUCACCGUCACCCCGCUCCACGGAGCCCACGGCCAGCCUUAACAAGCCAGGCUCCGCCGUCACCGUUAACGGGAGCGGGGGGGGAGCGUGUUCAGACUCUCAGAGUCCGCCGGAGCUGUGCAUCAAAACAUCCUCCGAUCUCAAACCCUCACACUCGUCCUCCACCGUCUCCAUUUACCCCACCUCAGCUGACGUCCUGAAAGCCUGCAGGAAUCUCCGUAAGAACGGUCUGUCGAGCAGCAGUGUCCUGCUGAACAAGUGUCCACCGCCGAGACUUCCUCCUCCUCCGUCACCGCCGCUGGAUAAAGACAAGCUCAACCCUCCGACGCCGAGCAUCUACCUGGAGAAUAAGAGAGACGCGUUCUUCCCGCCGCUGCACCAGUUCUGCACCAAUCCAUCCAACCCUGUCACCGUCAUCCGCGGCCUGGCCGGAGCCCUCAAACUGGAUCUGGGCCUGUUCUCCACCAAGACUCUAGUGGAGGCGAACCCGGAACAGCUGGUGGAGGUGCGGACGCAGCUGUGUCAGCCGGCCGAUGAGAACUGGGACGCCAGCGGUCAGAGGAAGCAGUGGCGCUGCGAGAGCAUCCGAUCCUACACCACCAUCGCCAAAUACGCUCAGUACCAGGCCGCGUCCUUCCAGGAGUCUCUGCGGGAAGAGAACGAGAAGAAGGGCCAGAAAGAGCUGUCAGACUCUGAGAUGACAUCAUCAGAAGCUGUUUCCAGGAGGAGGAAAGGUCCGUUCAGACAAGUCAAGUUUGGGACUAACAUUGAUGUCUCUGAUGAAAAGAAGUGGAAGCUGCAGCUGCAGGAACUGAGUAAGCUGCCUGCGUUCGCUCGUGUGGUGUCUGCUGGGAACCUGCUGAGUCACGUGGGACACAGCAUUCUGGGUAUGAACACGGUCCAGCUCUUCAUGAAAGUCCCGGGCAGCAGGACUCCAGGUCAUCAGGAGCACAAUAACUUCUGCGCCGUCAACAUCAACAUCGGGCCGGGCGACUGCGAGUGGUUUGCCGUGCCGGAGCCGUACUGGGGCGUGAUGAGCGAGUUCUGUGAGAAGAACAACAUCAACUUCCUGAAGGGCUCGUGGUGGCCGAAUCUGGAGGAUCUGUACGAGGCUAACGUGCCGGUGUACCGCUUCAUCCAGCGUCCUGGAGACCUGGUGUGGCUGAACACGGGGACGGUGCACUGGGGUCAGGCCAUCGGCUGGUGCAACAACAUCUGGUGGAACGUGGGUCCUCUGACCGCGUAUCAGUACAAGCUAGCCGUCGAGCGCUACGAGUGGAACAAACUCCAGAGCGUCAAAUCGAUGGUUCCCAUGGUGCAUCUGUCCUGGAACAUGGCCAGGAACAUUAAAGUGUCUGACCACAAGCUGUUUGAGAUGAUCAAGUUCUGUCUGCUGCGGACGCUGAAGCAGUGUCAGACCAUUAAAGAGGCGCUGGUGGCUGCUGGGAAGGAGACGGUGUGGCACAGAAGAAGCCGAGACGAGCCGGCCCAUUACUGCAGCAUCUGUGAGGUGGAGGUGUUUAACCUUCUGUUUGUGACGAGCGACAGUUACUCCAGGAAGUCCUGCGUGGUUCAGUGUCAGGAUUGCGCUCGGAAGACCAGCGGUGACCUCGACGGGUUCGUGGUGCUGCAGCAGUUCAGGAUGGAGGACCUCAUGCAGGUCUACGACCAGUUCUCAUUAGCUCCUGCUCUGCAUUCGUCUGCUUCUUGACAUUAAGACGCCGAACAUGUGGAGAAUAUCACAUUACAGGACCAUUUCUGAUAUUCAGGACCGUGGUGCUCGUCUCUCGUGUGGCUGGUGACCAUCGGAGAGCACGAGACCCUCGACUCAAGUGACUGUGUGUCUAUGCAACCUGUUCAUAAACUGCAGCGUGUGACUGUGGCCUGCGGGGGGCGCUAGUGAGGGACUUCCUGUCUACACGCCUCUUCCUGAACGGCCGCUCUCCUCUGCUUCACGUGAGGAAUUAAUCACAACAGCUGGGGAAGAUAUUGUGGGAAGCUGGUUUUGUACAUAUAGUGUGUCCCAGCUGGCAUCGUCACGUACAGACUACUGACUCCAGACGCUGUUGUGUAUUUGGUAACAAGCUGAAACCUGGCGUCUCUUUCCUCGUGUCUCAAGGGUUCGCCUUCACCGAGGAGAGCUAGCCCACUCUUUGUAUGCUAGAUAGUGAUUUUACGAUGACUUUGGAUGGCAAAAUCUACAAAAAACACACAAAAAAACAAUAUUUGUAAUGUGAAAAAUUAGGUGAUCAUUUUUUACUGCUUUUGUUUUAGCGGUCUCUCGUUCUUUUGACACCAUGGUCAAUAUUUUGUUUCUUAGGUAAGAAAAAGGAAAAAGCAUAACAGCCAAGUCACAAAGAAACAUGGGUUGCACAUAGAGUAAGGAAUAAAGUGUCUGUUUUCUCCUUCCUCGUUUGUUUCUAAUCCUGAUGUACAUUUACACUAUUUAUAAAUACAUAUUUAUUGCUUGAAGAUAUUUGUGGAUGGAAUGCUGUUAUUUUUCCCAGAGUACCUGCCAUUAAAUUUGAAGGAGUUUGGUCAUUUAACUACUCCUGCAUUUUUCUAUAUAGAAUUAAACCGCUUAGUAAGCAUUGUACAGAAACUAUAAAGUUGUUUUAUUGUUUGAAGAAUGUUUUAUGAGUUAUUAAACAAGUUGUCAACAUUUU